UUAGUAAUGUAAGAGGUAAUUUUACCGUAGUUCAUACGUUGGCUGCCCUGUCAUAUCAGCUGGCGGUGACAUUUGUUUGUGAUGGAGGUGUAAUGUUGUUGUUUGGUUCGUAUGUACAGAACCCGGUGAAUGUGUCAUUUUGUUCUGAAAUAUGAGUGUGAAAGCAUUUGAGUGUACCUCUGUCAUAGACUCCUUUCACGGCCCGGGAGACAGCGAAAUUUCAAAGAUUGAAUCCAUAGAAUGCUGUGGCAAAGAUCUUUACUUGGGCACAACUGAUAGUUGCAUCAUAAGUUAUGUUUUGGAAGAAAAAUACCAGGAAAAUGGUAACAUUGUGUACAACUGCAGGAAGGUGAAACACAGGAAUCUUGAACAGAGGAAGCCAAUACAUUGCAUUAAAUCACUGUCAGCAAUAAAUAGACUGCUUGUUCAAUGUGAUACCUAUCUGCUACUUUUUAAUGUUCCUGAAUUGGAUAUCAUUGGCAAUGGGCCAAGGAUUCGAGGUGUAACAACAUUUUGUAUGAACCAGAACCCAACAUAUUGUCCAUUUCCACUGGUACAGAUGUGUGUGGCACGAAAACGCCAGUUGCAGGUUUUCAACUUGGCAGAUGACAGGCUGGCUCUUGUGAAAGAGAUAAAUGUAUCUGAACCAGUGCAAAAGAUGGCAAUGAUUGGUCCAUACAUAUGUACAGCUCUGCAGAGUCAGUAUUUGUUGUAUAACUUUGAGACAAAUGAUAUGCAGCAACUGUUCACAUAUGGUGGAGAUAAUUUUCUUCCACUUAUUUGCUCAAUAUCACAGGAUGAAUUUCUUGUUAGUGCACGUGAGGACUUAGGAAUGUUCGUGACGACAAAAGGUAUGUCAGAACGUCCUCCCGUGAGAUGGCCAUGCCCUCCUAUUUCUCUGACAUUCUACCAUCCUUACAUUCUUGGCUUGAAUGAGGAAGUGAUUGUCGUAUAUAGUAUUCUUGAUCAACAACAGAAGCAAGUGAUACCUUUUAGUGGUGGCAGGACUAUUGGUAAUUUUGAUGGUAGACUCUAUGUUAGUUCUGUCACUUCAGUUAAUGCCCUAAUUGCAAUAUCAUGGGAAGAACAAGUUGAGGGGUUGUUGCAGGAUUCAAGAGUUAAUGAAGCCCUCCAGCUAGCACAGAAUUCUAACAUGAGUGGAAUGACAAAGGAAAUGUUUCAGAUGAAGCUAAGGAAAAUUGAGCAGAAAUGUGGAUUUAUUUAUUUUGCUAACUCGGAGUUUGAUAAAGCUAGAGAAAUGUUUGAUAGUGGCGGUAUCGAUGUGCGAGAGGUUAUAUCGUUAUUUCCUGGAUUCUUACCAUCAUCGUCCAAUUUCAUAAGAUCUGUGCCGCCUCUUCAUGGGAUAGCAGAUGUCAACCAGUUGUUUCAUGGAAAUGAACAGAAACUGAAGACUGCUAAAUCGUUUUUACUGCAUUUUUUGCGAGAUCUUCGUGAUUCUUCAUCUACUAAACAUGCUCUGGAGGUUGACACAGCUCUGUUAAAACUGUAUUCAGAAUUAAAUGCUGCAGAACUUGAAGCCUUUAUUGUUGCGGGAGAAAUUACUUGUGAUGUGAAAGACUGCAGCAGUUGGCUAGAGCGUCAUAAAUGUUACCAUGCACUUGCUCUACUGUACCGUCACUCUCAGGAUCAUGAAAAAGCUCUCUCAGUAUGGCUUAAAAUUAUUUGUGGGGAAUACCAGGACAGCAGUUUCCCAGGACUUCAGUUUUUUGUGGAGUGUUUAGCAAAUCUUAAAGAUACUGAUCUUAUAUGGAGGUAUGUAGACUAUGUCUUAAGCCAAGAUGAAGAAAUUGGUGUUGGCGCUUUCACACUGCGUUCACAAGAUACUCACCAGGAUGGAGCUCUGAAGCCUGAUGUGGUGGUAGAAUAUCUUUACCGUUACCCAAAAGCAGUAAUAAAGUACCUCGAACAUAUAGUACUAGACAAGCAUUUACAGGUUGAGAAGUUUCACACUCAGUUAGCUAUUUUGUAUUUAGAAAACAUUGCAAAGCUCCAAAAAGAUGGAACUUCACCAGAAAAUAUUAAAACUAUUAGACUGAAACUUCAGACAUUGCUUCAGACUUCCAACCUUUGUCGCACGCAGCUCUUGUUGGGGAAAAUGCUUAACAGCAACCUGCAUGAGGAAUGUGCAGUAUUGUAUGGAAAGAUUGAAGAGCACGAGAAAGCUCUUGAUAUUUUGGUGAACCAAUUAAAGGAUUUUAAAGCUGCAGAACUGUAUUGUGAGAAUAAUGCACAAGGAAAGGAACAGAAGUAUCGAAAUGAUAUUUUUUAUACUCUUUUGAGUAUUUAUCUAAACCCUAAAAUAGAGUCUCCAAAGAGGGAAGAAUUUGCAGUUAAUGCAAUAGAAUUGUUGUGUACAAGAGCUGUCGACUUCGAUGCUACCCAGGUUUUACAGACAAUCCCAUCUGCAUGGUCUAUUGCUGGUGUUGAAAUGUUUCUUACAUCCAGCAUAAGAGGUUCUAUGCACAAGUAUCGCUUGAGAAAGGUGGAAUCGUCACUAGCACGUGGUGAAAAUUUAUGUAAAGCAUUUGCAAGAUAUGAUGUAGAACGAACAUCAUGUGUAUUGCAGGAGACAAGUUACUGUUGUGUGUGUAAGAAACCAUUCACAGACAGUACUUUUGCGAGACAUCCAGACAGUGUUCUUACUCACAUUUCAUGUGAUAGAAAAGAUAAUGAUAGUUCUAUCACAAGCAAGCAUCAUAAUAUCCUCGAAAGCAGAUGACUUCUGUGUGUGUUAGAAGUCCUGCAGUAAGCAUACCUAGUCAAUGCAACUGUAUAUGUCAAGAUGUUUUUGUAAGUAUCCUCUGUAAUUGUACCAGAGCUGUUAUUCAAGAUGCACUUUAUAUCUUAUACUAUUACUGCAUUUUCAUCUGUUAAUACAGUGUUAGUACAUAUACUGCAUCUACUGCUAUGAAAAUGAAAAGUCGUAAUACUUUAUAUGUAGGAGAUUUGAUGAUGGAUAAAGUGAGAAUUGAGAAACACAAUUCACCCUACUGUAAAUGUGAAUUUUUGUUUGUUUAUGCUGACAGCAAUGUUGUUGUUAUAAGAGGCUUCUCUUAGUUUAUUCAUUGGUUACUGUGGACUUAAGAGAUGUGCUCAUCUGCCAGCAAUAUGUCAUUUCAUUUUAUGAGUUAAUAUAUUUCUGAUAUAUUUGUUUCACUGGA